AUGCGCCACGCCGAGUCGGGGACAUCGCCUGCCCUCCUGUGCAGGCACGCGACAUGCAACAGGCCCUGUGCGUCGCUGCUCACCACCAUGCUUUUCCCAUUGUUCCGUCCACGUCACGUCAGCACCUUGCCCCGAUAUUUCCCACGCACCAUGGUCCGUCUGCUUGCGACACAGAUGUCUCCCGACGGGAAGCCGAGGCGCCCCGCCACCAGCGAAGGAAACGACACAAAAGAGACCCUUGCACACGACAUCCAACACCACAAGCCUAGCUCUGUGACAUCUGGUGCUCCCAACUCCCAUGUUCAUUCCAACGACACACACGACACGCACUCACAUUCUCACGACACGCACUCGCAUACCCACGACACGCACACCCAUUCCCACGACACAGAGUCCCACUCCCAUUCGCACAGCCUUCUCCAUUCGCAUUCACAUUCGCAUGGCCCGAACGAGUUGCUUUCCGGAUCGCUCAAUAGCCCAGCGGUCCGAAUCACAUGGAUUGGGCUCGGCGUCAACAUCGCCAUGGCCGCAUCCAAAGCGGCAGGCGGCGUGGCGUUCCAUUCGCAGGCGUUGAUUGCAGACGCCAUCCACUCGCUUUCCGACAUGGUGGCCGACUUGCUCACGUUGGCCACCGUCAAUGUUGCAGGAAAGCACGGCACGUUUGAGCGGUUCCCGUUGGGCUACGGCAAGAUCGAGUCCGUGGGCACGCUUUUGGUCAGCGGCGUGCUCUUGUUUGCGGGUUUUUCCGUGGGCUGGAGCUCGCUUCUCCAGAUUUUCGAGUACGUGUUGCCGGCACACAUCUACGACUACGUUCUGCUUCUCCAAGUGCACUCACACUCCCACUCCCAUACGCACACACAUGCGGAUGUGGACGGCCACGUUCACACGGAGCGGGCGGCGCCAAACAUGAACGCGGCAUGGCUUGCGUUGGGUUCCAUCGGAGUCAAGGAGGCGCUUUUCCGCAAAACCAUGGCUGUGGCCAAGAAAACAAACUCCAAGGUUCUUGUGGCCAACGCGUGGCACCACAGAGUGGACUCGCUCACUGCCGCAGUGGCGUUUGUUACUGUGACCGGAGGCAAUCUUUUUGGUGUUUCGUGGCUUGAUGCCGUGGGCGGCUUGCUAGUAUCUGCGUUGAUUGUGAAUGCCGGCUGGGCCACGUUCCGCGACGCCAUUUUCGAGGUGUUGGACCGUGGGGCGCCAAGAUCGUCGCUGCAAUACACGGAAAUGAGGCUGAUGGUCGAGGAAGAGGUCGCUGCAUGUGCCGAGGCCGGUGUUUCUGUGGCAGAUGUGGCAGUUUUGGCCGCUGGUGCUCGUACGUCGCUUCUUGUUAAGAUUGAUGCUCGCGAGAACAUGACAGUGGCCGAGAUCACAGCACUCGAGUCUCGUUUGAACGACGCUCUUCGCAAACGUGACAGAUACUUGGGGAAGGUGAUGGUGCAGUAUCUGGUGAAGAAGGAUUAG